GAUCCGGUGGAGGUUCUGAAUUUGAGGAACAAACAGAAACCGACGACCACCUGCCAGCCGUCUUCUAGCAGUGACGAGUUUGACAGCUUUCACUUCUGGAGAGAUCCGCUGCCGUCUAUUGACAGCGACCUGCUGGAGUUACUGAAAGAGAACGGCGUCUCGCCAUCAGAGAGCCGGCUGGACGCAGCACGGCAGACAGAGGAACCAGAGGACCAAUCAGACGAGGAGGAGGAGGAUGACGAUGACGGAGGUGGUUGGAUCACUCCCAGUAACAUCAAACAGGUGAAGAUGGAGUCGGCUGAUUGGACGGCUCCUGCUGAUGUCAUCGUCGGGUGUCUGACCACCGACUUCGCCAUGCAGAACGUCCUGAUUCAGAUCGGACUUCACGUUCUCUCUGUUAACGGGAUGGUGAUCAAACAGGCGAGGAACUACAUCCUGAGGUGUCACGCCUGCUUUAAGACGACGAGCAACAUGAACAAAGUGUUCUGUCCUCACUGUGGAAACAAGACGCUGAAGAAGCUGGCGGUGACGCUCAGCGAGGACGGCAGCGUGCAGAUGCAUUUCUCCAAAAACCCCAAAGUGCUGAACCCGAGAGGGCUGAGGGUGAGACAUGCACACACACUUACACACUCAUGUACACUCAGAGUAUUUACACCCAGGACAUGUGUAGUCCGGAGCGCUCUGUGGCGUGUUUCGGCCUUAGUGACCCCCUCUGUGUGGCGUGUUUCGGCCUCAUUGACCCCCUCUGUGUGGCGUGUUUCGGCCUCAUUGACCCCCUCUGUGUGGCGUGUUUCGGCCUCAUUGACCCCCUCUGUGUGGCGUGUUUCGGCCUCAUUGACCCCUCUGUGUGGCGUGUUUCGGCCUCAUUGACCCCUCUGUGUGGCGUGUUUCGGCC